UGUUUACAUCAAAACUGACGAGUUGUUUUGCCUGAUUGCCAAUUACAUUAAAACAAUAUCCUCCGCUGGGCUCAAAAGAGUAGGAUCAUGUGACGGCUCAAGCUCCUGCUCUUUUUGAACUGAAAAUCCGAGUUUUUGUUGUUAUACCUUUGCCACUAACCGCCACCAACAUCACUAUACAGUGCGAUGUUCUUGGGCCGAUCUCAAGUGUUCUUUCCCCCAUCGCCGCCGCUGCCUGCUGAAGUGGCAUCUCCUGACCAACCAUUGGUCGUGCCAAGUCCUCUGUUGAGACGUUGCCGCCCACUGCCCUUAACGAAACUAUUCAUGGCUGACUCAGGCCCUACCGAGAUCGCCAGUGAUGUCGAGCUUCCUAACGCCACCUACAGCGCUAACCCCGAUGGCGAGGACAACUCUGCUGAGAAAGACGAUACCUCAGUGCCGCACUCGCAAGCCUCCAAGGUCUCAAGCGACCGCAAACUCUCACGCCUUUCAAGCAUUAUUGGUGUAGAGAAAGAGCUUCCUAUUGCUACCUAUGGCACUAUCCCUGAUGGAGAGGACAAUGCUGUGGAAGAAGACGACGUCCCAGCGCCCCUCUCGCAAGCCCCCAAGACCCCAGGUGACCGUAAGCUCCUGCGCCUCCCAAGUACCGGCCAGCGCGAGCUCCGUUGCAAACGCGACGUGAAACGAGGGUUACCUGCCCGGGAGCCUCCUUCGCCAUCGCCACCUGUUAGGAAGAAGAAAAAAGUUCUUACCAAGAAAAUGCCCGUGUGGUGCACCUCCAGAGCGUUGGUACCAUGCGAGACUGGUCUUAAGCUUGGGACUGCUUCUGGUGCUAGCGACUUACCGACGUCGUCACCUUCUGGGAAGCGUGUCCGUGGAUACGAGGCUGACGACGAGAGUGAGAAGCCGAAGAGGAAAGUGAGAGCUGUGGAGAGUGUUAACUAUGGUGUUGAUACUGGGUGUGAUAAGACUGGAGACGUAGUGGAAAAAGAAGUCUCGUCCUCGGGCCUUUAGAAUUGAAGCUCAUCAGUCGGAGGCGUAUUUACACUAUCCAGUUCGUUGCGAUUCAGACACUUCAUUGUUG